UUUUUGAGACCCAGCUCUGCGGACUCUCACCGACUCAUAAGAACGAGAACUUUUCGCGGAUUCGAAGUGUAGAUUUUCUCUAGGAAACUUGUGAGUCAAAAUGUGAAGAACGUGACGAAGCGAAGAAUAUUCAAUUUUUGCUUUGUAAGUAGGAAGCUCAGGCGAGGAAUUGAGGGAAAUAGCGGUGUGAUUUUUUUUGGUUUGUGAGUUUGAGUGCUUCGAAUAUGGAAGAGCACUUCAUUCUCCGUGUGCCGCAAUCUGUUGCAGACCGUUUAGACAAAAUCCUGAACGAAGACCCUGCAAGUGCCAGCGAUGAUUUCCUCGACCUCGCCUUUCAAGAUGCGAGAACAGGAAAAUUCACAAUAGGAGACGAUCAGUUUCCAGCGUCAUUGCACGAUUUGCCCUGUGUUCUUGAGUCCUACAAGACAUAUGAUGACAACGUUCUAAUCAAGACAGCGGAUAUUGGACAGAUAAUUAUGGUGCGAGAGCGAGGAGAUACAGCCCCAGAUGGACCAGAGUAUAAACAUGGUUUAACUCCAGCCAUGCGCGAUGCCCGGAGACGACGUUUUCGUAGAGAACCAGAUAUUAAUCCAGACUUGAUUCAACAAGUGGAGAAUGAUCUUCAAAGUAUCAUGGCUGGCGGGACUGCACGUGAUGUCGAUGUUGAGGUUGUUGAACAAGAGGAAGAUGCGAAUGACGAUGCUGAGGCUGAGGAGCCAGCCCCUCGCGCUUCUGCUACUUCUAAAAAGGAGAAAGCUGCUGGUGCGGCUAUUCCUGCUGCAACUCCAGCUGCUACCAAGAAGCCCCCUAAUGAGGCCUCAGGUGAGGGCGACGAGGACUUUGAAGACCUAAUGGACGAAGACGACGAGGAGAAUUAAAUGUUGAAUUUUGUACUGUAUUCUUCACUAAAUUCUAGAAUAGUAGUGCCUCAACAGAUGAUAGCUCAUGUGGUUGUCAGGAAGUGGGUACAGUACAAGAGUCAUUGGAAAUGGAAUAGCGUCCUCUUACUAAAGUAGUUGUGUGAAAAUUGAAUGAUUAUCUACUGUACAAAAUCUCUAAUUUAUUGAUACAAGGCGUUGGACAUGGCUAUGGUCUACUAGUUGCUAUCAA